AAAGCUUGGGGGACACUGGGCUGUGGGUUGUCAGGGGUAUUUUGUUAUUUUGUUUUCUUUCUUUUCUUUACCCCAAUUAUAUUAUUUUAUCCCGAGUGAAAUGCAGCUUCAUCCCUCUAGUUUGCAGCGCAAGGAUGAUCAGAAAAUCCUGGGGAUAGAUUACACUAAUUUGAAGGCUUUGUGCAGAAUCCACGGGCUUAGACUCAGAGACAGCAACAGAUACCGAUCAACUGAAGAGGCCCAUAACGAUUUCAUGACCUCCUAUCGAAAUAUAUUUCUCCUGCCAAAGAAAAUGGUUGCCCGGAACCCUUUCCAGACAGAUAGCAAAGUCGCUCCCGGCCCUGAGAAGCUGAAGGCCAGUGAGAGCCAGGAAGUGAACAGGAACCAAGGUCACGGGAGACAGACUCAAGAGACACUCAUCAACCAAAUGAUCAAAGCUCUCAAAAAGUUCCCUAUAGAGCGGUCCCAGUUGGAGCACCAUUCUAUCCAUAAGAUGCUGAAGGUGUUCCCGUGUCUGACAGCCCACCUCUCCAGACAUGAGUUACAGCAGAUCAGCACCAUCGCCAUCAUAGAGACCUGGGAUAGGGCACAGAUCAUAUUUGGACACAAUGGAUUCUACCUCAUCCUGAAAGGUUCAGUAGCUCCGUACACUCAAGAAAGAUCCAAGGAGGCUGUUGAUCCAAAGGGCUCAGUGAUAGGUGUGGGUGGCAGCUUUGGAUCGUUUGAAUCUCGUGCAGGUACUGAGGCAGGCAUCACCAUCCAGUGUACAUUAACACAGGAACCCUGCGAGAUCCUGAAAAUCUCCCACUCAGGCUACGCCAAGCUGAAGAAGGAGAUCUUGGCCCAGAACUAUGCUCUGAAGGAAUCUCUGAUCCAGGGUUGUCACUUCUACCUGCAGUGGCCCAAGCUCUCCAUCGAUAGGCUUGCCAACCUCAUCCAGAUGAAGAACUUACCAGCCAAACACGUACUGGCGAAGGAAGGUAAGGUGUGUCCCUUUGUGGCCUACAUCCGAGAGGGGGAGUGUAACAUCCUCCAGGACAUUAACUCGCUGAUGAGGACCCCACAGGAGAAGGUGUCGGUCUGCGGCAGCAGGAUAAAGUUUGUUGUCGUGGGGAAGCUCGGACCAAUGGAAUCGUUCGGUGAGGUGAGCAUCCUGCUUGAUCAGCCCUCCCCCUGCAGCAUCGUCACGGCGACAGAGGUGCAAGUAGGGAUCAUCCAACCAGAUGCUCUGAAAGGACUUGAUUCAGUGACAUCGGCACUGAUGUUACAAACAGCACAGCCGACUUACGGGAAGUUGAGUCAGGAAGAGAUUAACAAGGAAUACAUCAGACAAGAGCGGCACAAGGAGUGGGACCACAUAAAGAAGAGAGUGUUGUCUGAUGCCCUGCUCUACAACGGGAUCCAGCAGGGGGACGGGAAGUGGACCUUCACUAGGGGAGGUGGAAGAAGAUCUGUGGACAAGAGCAACCCCCAUCCAAUAAACACAGCACACACACAAACACCCCAGCGUAUACUGCCUGCUUUGACUCCAGAUGUUACAACAACAACGCAAGAAAACACAGGAACUGACAUUGCCAAACCCUAAUUUGCUGUUUAAAAGUAUAACUCCAGUCCCAUGCUCCAAUCCAACUUCUGACACCACACCCUCCAAUAUCCCGCCACAUACACUUUCGUUCUCUGCCUGUAUCUUUGGACUCAACGUACAGUGGCCACUCCAGAUGUACACUAAUAUAGCGUCAAAGAAAAUAAACUGUUAUUCUCCCCAGCUUUCACUCUCACUCAAAGCCUUUGCAAUAAGAGGCAGUUAUUGUCAAUCAGCUAGCAGCUUUCACUGCAGUGCUUCCUAUAUCCCUGCCAGGGCCAGAGGAACUCUUGAGGACAGUGACACAUCAUGUUGUCUUUCACCCACUUAGUAUAACGUAACCAGACAUGUCCUACGUGGGCAAAUACAGAGCCUGACCCAGCCCAAAACAACCCACCAUAAGCAUACACCCCCAACACAUUGGAUCUUAUACUUGUGUGAAACCGUGUUGGGCAAGACAGGCAACAAGUCCGCAAUGACAUAUAGAGCCCAACAAAACAUCUUGUUGCGCAGAUACUGUGAAUACUGUAGAGAACGGAAAACAAUUCUUUAUGAAAGAGACAAUGCUGAACCGUAUCAUAGAGAAACUGAAAUGACACUUGACCGUAUAAUUAGUUUUAUGUCUAAAUAUUUGGGUCGAGACACAGACUUUUUAGAUUGCUGGGAUCUGUAUGGAAACAGAAACACAGACCUUAAAAUACACGGUGUUUGUUUAGAUUUGACAGACCGCAACUGACCUUGACCGAGACUGUUUGUUCCACAUUCCCUAAGGAAAAUACCUCUUUAUUGCUUCUUUGUAUAUAUUUUUGUUUUCUCCUCAGAUGACAGUUCUGUACUGAAAUGACCUACUGAAAUUGUCCCUCAGUCUGGAGAAUGAUUUGAGAUGAGAAUGGGCUUGAAACGAGCUGUGGUAAAUGGUAUGGUUUUAUUGUAGCAAAUAUUGUAGCAUCUCCUCGUCUGCAUAAGCCUAAUUUGAUUAAAUGUUUUUGUGCGUG